UUAAAACAAACUGCGAAGAAGCCCGCAUCUCUGAGCGGCCUGCCAAAGUUUGUAGCACACACUCUGUGCUUUCGGCCGAGUUAAACAAGAGGAAAAAGCACUAAAAAGAGGUUUAUAGAAUAAGGGAAAUCAGAAACUCCAGUUCUUACGCAGCAUGGACGGGGGGCCAGCAGAGGGUGUAGGGGUGGUGGAGGUCCCUGCCAAAGACUUCCCCUCCAUCCAGGCCGUCCACAGUCAGGAUACCAUGGUGGCUGACCUCCUCCAACAAGCUGCAGAGGCCGGAGGUGUGGUGGAGGGACAAGCUGGAGUCGUUCUGGAACAAGGUCAUGGACAAGGGAUGGUUGCAGCCACUCAGGCCCAGCAGCAGCUGAUGGAGGCAGGGGUGGGGGUUGGUGUUGAAGGUGGAGCUGGAGUUGAAAUGAUGGUUAUGGACUCUCUGGAUCCUACCCUGUUGCAGAUGAAGACUGAGGUGAUCGAUGCUGCAGUGGGGGGGUCUUCUGCGACGGUGGGUGUGGUUGGAGGUGUAGCCGGUGCUGCUCAUCAAGCAACUGUAACAACAGUGGAUCAGACUCAGAUCAUCACACUGCAGGUGGUCAACAUGGAGGAACAAGCUGCUCUGGGCCUCGGGGAGCUCCAGCUGGUCCAGGUACCAGUGUCUGCCACUACCGUGGAAGCCCUGCAGCAAGGCACAUUUGUAGACACCACUGCCAUGCCCAAGGAUGGAGACCCGGUCAUCUGCCACACUCUGCCUCUGCCUGAGGGCUUUCAGGUUGUGAAGGUUGGUGCCAAUGGGGAGGUGGAGACAGUGGAGCAGGAGGAGGAGGGAGGUGAAGCCCACCCUGAAGAGGAGGUGGAGGAUAAUCAGCUGCUCGUUGAAGGGGAGGACGAACCCAUUCAGCCCCCGAACGAUGAUCCAACCUGGGCUAAAGAUCCAGACUAUCAGCCCCCGUCUGGAGCCAUUAAGAAGAUCAAAAAGGGUAAAAAGAGUCGUCUACGCUAUGCCGAGGGAGAUAAAGACAUGGACGUCAGUGUGUAUGACUUCGAAGAAGAGCAGCAAGAGGGACUUCUGUCUGAGGUCAACGCUGAGAAAGUGGUGGGCAACAUGAAACCACCCAAACCCACCAAAAUCAAGAAGAAAGGAGUGAAGAAGACGUUUCAGUGUGAACUCUGCAGCUACACCUGUCCUCGCCGUUCCAACCUGGACAGACACAUGAAGAGUCACACCGACGAGAGGCCGCACAAGUGUCAUCUAUGUGGAAGAGCCUUCAGGACAGUGACACUGCUGAGGAACCAUCUCAACACACACACCGGAACUCGGCCUCAUAAGUGCACCGACUGUGACAUGGCCUUCGUAACUAGUGGAGAGUUGGUUCGUCAUCGUCGCUAUAAGCACACACAUGAGAAGCCCUUUAAAUGCUCCAUGUGUGACUACGCCAGCGUGGAGGUGAGUAAACUGAAGCGCCACAUUCGUUCCCACACCGGAGAGCGUCCAUUCCAGUGCAGUCUGUGCAGCUACGCCAGCAGAGACACAUACAAGCUGAAGAGACACAUGAGGACACACUCAGGCGAGAAACCAUACGAGUGUUACAUCUGUCAUGCUCGCUUCACCCAGAGUGGAACCAUGAAGAUGCAUAUCCUGCAGAAACACACAGAGAAUGUGGCCAAAUUCCACUGUCCACACUGUGACACCGUGAUCGCACGCAAGAGCGACUUGGGCGUCCACCUCCGUAAGCAGCACUCGUUCAUCGAGACCGGGAAGAAGUGUCGUUACUGUGACGCCGUUUUCCAUGAGCGCUACGCUCUGAUCCAGCACCAGAAGUCUCACAAAAAUGAGAAGAGGUUCAAAUGUGACAUGUGUGACUACUGCUGCCGCCAGGAGCGUCAUAUGGUGAUGCAUCGUCGAACCCACACUGGAGAGAAACCAUAUGCCUGCAGCCAAUGUGAAAAAACCUUCAGACAGAAACAGCUGCUGGACAUGCAUUUCAAACGAUACCACGACCCCAACUUUGUCCCCACCGCCUUCGUCUGCCCCAAGUGUAGCAAGACCUUCACUCGCCGGAACACCAUGGCCCGUCACGCUGAAAACUGCAGCGGUGAAGUGGAGGAAACCGAGAACGGAGCUACAACCCCAAAGAAAGGAAAGAGAGGAAGAAAGAGGAAGAUGAGGAGCAGGAAGGACGAGGACGACAGCGAGGAGGAUCAGGUAGAACAGGAGGAUGAGGAGGAGGAAGACGAGGGUGAGGUCGACGAAGAGGCCGCGCUUCUACAGGAAGACGACGAGGCUGAGAGCAUAGAGCUGGACCAAGCCCCCGCCACCGUACCGGUACCAGCCCCCGAGGAGCCGCCGGUCAAAAGGAAACGAGGACGACCCCCGAAGAACGCUCCCAAGACUCCUCCCACGCCCAGCAAGACGGUCCGAGUGUCGGCCAAGACCAGCGCCUCCGCUGCUGCCAUCAUCCAGGUGGAGGAUGAGAGCACCGGAGCAGUGGAGAACAUCAUAGUGAAGAAGGAGGAUGGUGACGUCUCAGCCGCCACGCCUCUGGAGCAAGGCGUGGCGCUGACAGUAGAGGGGGUGGGGCUAGACGGGGAGGGGGUGGAGACUGUGGAGCUUGCUGUGAAUGAAGAAUCCGCGGCAGCCGCCAACGGAGACCUGACACCAGAAAUGAUCCUCAGCAUGAUGGACCGGUGAACGCCACACACGACCACACAUGUAGCCGGACGGAGACCCGCCAUCGCACAUUAACAGCUCCUCCUUCUCCUCCGCCUUCAGCUUGUCUUUGCGUUUUCUCUCGUUUUCGAUCAGCAGCCACUUGGCCUCCGGUGGAGCCAGCUCAAAAAAAAAAAUGGCUGCAGCAAAAAGCAGAUGACAUGAAGCGAAGCCGCAUGUGAAAAUCAGCCCAGUCACGUCACGUCACGUACAUGUACUGUCGAACCUGCAUUCAGAUGGAUGUAGGCCACGCCCACAUACCUGAGUCGUCUCCUCCCCCUCAUAUCUAGAUAUUGUUCAAGCUAACAUAUUGUUACUGUUCAAGAUACGGUUCUGUGCUCUUUUUUUUUUUUUUUUUCUUUUUUUUUUUUUUCUUUUUUUUCUCCAGUUUCAAUGUCUCUUGAAUGAAUCAUGUGUUUUUUGCUCUUGUUUCUACCUGAAGCCACAUCCUGUCACCUUUCACGCUCUCAGCCCAAACCGACUCUGCAACAUGGAGAUGUUAUUUUAUCCACUCCCCCCGCCCACUUUCAGACUCCACCCCUUUAUACGUGUAUAUAGACAUAAAUGUAGUUUUCCUAACGGAGACCUAAUACGGUACUUUAGUUUGCCUUGAAGAUACAUCCAAUCCAUCAUUUGAUCUGUACAUAAAUAUAUUUUUUUGCGCCCGUUUAGAACACGCUAAAACUGUUUCCAUAUAGCUCAUGUACAUCCGUCAACAAAUAAAAGGACGAAAU